UUUCUGGGUAAAGUGCGCCCCGGUAUCCGCCCAUAUUCGCGUAAAGGAGGCCAACCUGAACAGCUAGGCCGGACGCUGGAUCAAAUGGAAAGUUCAAUCGAUUAAUUUUCCCACUUAUUCGUAUAUUCCUGCUUGCUUCUGAGACACAGUAGACCAACUUACAUGCGGGGCGUUUCGGUGUGAAAUAGGAAAUGCAGAGAUCGUGUGAAAGCAGAGGAAAAUCAGCUUGACUUAUUUGGUCGCUACUUCGGACGCGGAACUCCACACUUGCUAAAAGGUGAAUCAUGACAGAAUAUAAGCUGGUAGUGGUGGGAGCAGGUGGCGUUGGCAAGAGCGCACUUACAAUUCAACUCAUCCAGAAUCACUUUGUGGACGAAUAUGACCCCACCAUUGAGGACUCGUACAGAAAACAGGUAGUGAUCGACGGGGAGACAUGUCUGCUGGACAUCCUGGACACUGCAGGUCAGGAGGAGUACAGCGCCAUGAGGGAUCAGUACAUGAGGACAGGGGAGGGCUUCCUCUGUGUCUUUGCCAUCAACAAUACCAAGUCCUUCGAGGACAUUCACCAUUAUAGAGAACAGAUAAAGCGGGUGAAGGACUCUGAGGAUGUCCCCAUGGUGCUGGUGGGGAACAAGUGUGACCUCCCGUCCCGAACAGUGGACACCAAGCAGGCUCAGGACUUAGCACGCAGCUACGGCAUUCCCUUUAUCGAGACCUCAGCCAAAACCAGACAGGGCGUUGACGAUGCAUUUUACACAUUAGUGCGAGAAAUCCGGAAGCAUAAGGAGAAGAUGAGCAAGGAGGGCAAAAAGAAGAAAAAGAAGUCCAAGACAAAGUGUACACUCAUGUGAAUAAUGACCCCUUUUCCAGACAGACUAAGAAAAAAAAAAAACUAUGUUGAACAGUUAAAGUAAUACAUUUUGUACAAUACACUAAAUUAUUAGCCUUUUUCUCAGUACCUACCAUACUGAAUACUAAACCCUGACCUGAUUUUUCUGCCUUUCUGUUGUUUGCUACGUGGACACCAAUAAGCUUUAUUUUCAGUUCAGUGCCAGUUGCCCACAUGUGUUGGUCCAAUAGCCAUGGUGAUGAUGAUGAUUGGAUAAUUUGAUACAUCAACAAAGCUGUGACACUAUUCAAAUACGGCUUGUGUUUGACUGAUUAUUCAUUCAAUUAAAUAGAAAGUUUUUCAUUAUUUUUUUCACCCCCAUGCUUAAAGGAUCAUGACCUGUAAAAGCUCUGUCAUGAUCCUUUAAGUCUGGGAUGCCAAAGAAUGACUUUUAAUCCUGAUUCAGAUCUGAAAAAAGGACCAACACUCAGCCAGAUGAGAUCCAAAUGUCCCAGCCACUGUGUACUGUCCCCGUCUUCUAUGACCUCUUGGUAUUACUUAGUUAUGUCACUGAUAUAAGUAUGCAUGCAAACUCCUACUCUUCUCCUGAUGUGUUAACACCCUAAUUAGCUCUGAAUUAAUUUGUCAAUGCUUUGUACUGUGUGGGGAGUGAUUUCUUGCCUACAUGGGUCGUUUGUUCGUGUCUUUUCUUUUUGCAUGCGUUGUGUCCUAAAUGACAUGGGUUUUGCAAAAAGACUGCCUCUAGUGGAGUCAGAAACGAGGAACUCUGAACCAAGUUGAGAAAAUACAGUUACACAGUUCUUUUAGGGCUAUAGGAAGUUAUACGGACUUGUUUUUGUGAGGAAGAAAUUGGCUGUUUUGAAUGAAUCAAUGACUAAUUCAGAAAUCCAGAUGAGAAGUUUAUGUCUAACAACCCAAUGGGACUAGCAGCCAGGUUUAUGUGUUAACCAGAAUCAUUAAAUGUAGCAGGGAUUGAUGCCAAGUCACAACUGUAUUCCCAACAGCUAUUUAAACUUACCAGUCAUGUUUCAGGCAAAUUUUUACUGUACGGCUCGACUGCAGGAUGGUUUUAAAUCAUCCUGAAAAUUAUCGUUUUAUCGCCUGUUGAUCCAAGACAUGUCUCUUAAACAACCUUCUGAUAAAGGGGAUCAUAUUUAAACUCUAUUGAUCCCUUUAUCAGUAUUAAGUGCUAUUAGGUUUGAAAUGAAUGAUUCCCCAGAAGCUGGCCACAGAUGUUCCGCCCUGUCCACUUUUUUGAGCUGCUGACUGUUUGCAUCUUUAAGCAGCUCUCUCUCUCUCUCUCUCUCUCUCUCCCUCACUCCCUCCCUCUCUCUCUCUCUCUCUCUCUCUCACUCUCUCUCUCCCUCUCUCUCUCACUCUCUCUCUCUUUCUCUCUCCUCUCUCUUUCUCUCUCUCUCUCUCUCCUCUCUCUGUCUCUCUCUCUCUCUCUCCCUCUCUCUCUCUCUCUCUCUCCUCUCUCUCUCCCUCUCUCUCUCUUCUUGGUUGCUUAAAAAUGUCGUUCUGGAUUGAUGUAUUUUCAGAUUCUUCCAUUCGGGGUGCUUUGAAAGACUUUUCAGAAUAACUUCCCAAAGUGUUGAAAUAGUUUGGUGGGCUGCCUUUUAACAGAGAUGAUUGUCCAGCAAAUAUAAUUAGUAAUUUUCUCUCACAAAGCUUGUUUAUCAAGGUGAUGUAACUGGAACUGAUGUGUGGAAAUGAGGCAACAAUUGCCAUUAAAUUGGUUUUUAGAAAAAGUUAUCAGAAUAUUUAAAAAAAAACAACCAACGUUCUGUUUUCCAUGGGUUCAACAAUACUUCACCUUUUCCAUCUUAUUCACAAGCUGUGCCCCGGGGAUUUUUUUCUUUGCCUUUUAUGUUUGCAUUAGGUGCUACUUUUAGACGGUAGGAAGAACCAAGACAACAUUGACUUUGUCCUGUGUGCUCAAAUAAUGCACAAAAUGCUGUCUUAAGGAAGCAAUGUUGUUGAUGCAGAAAAUCUAGACAUAUUUUGCUUUCAGGAUAAAUGAAUUAUGACCCAGUUUUAUUAUUACCUCUUUUUUUCAUGAAGUAGAUAAUAACUGUUAAUGCGAUUUGAAUAAUGGAACCCUCUUUGUUAAAAAUACUGUCUCAAAAGUAGAUUUACUGAAAUGUUUGAAAUGUUCCUCUUCCUUUUUUUGCGUGCCAACAGCUGAUUUCUGAAAUGUAUCAUUUAUACCUGGAUCAUAUUUUAACAACCUUUGUAUAGUUGUGAUACUGAAAGGUGCAUAUUUUGUAAAUUGUGCUUCAUUAUGUUGGUGUGUCUAAUUGAAUGUUGCUUUAAUGGAGGUUCCCUCCGCUCUGUGUAUGUGACUAGAGAGUGUGUCUGGGUCCAGGUCGAGGGAAGUGAAUGAAUGACCACUUUACAGCACACCUGUUGUGGCCGGUGAUGAGUGGUGAUCUGAUCUCAAAUGAGUCUAUUUUUUGCCAUGAAUCUCACCACUCCUAUUUAAUGUGUAAUAAAGAACAAAGAAAAAGAGGAACGUCA